AGGAGAACUGGGGUUUACAAAUAGAAAAAAGAAUGCAAGAUGACCCUGUACUCUUGUAGACUUCAAAGGGCUUUAAGAUGUUUACCAAGAAGCCCUGUAUUGUCCCAGUACUCCUUGGGUCUGCUGACCGGCGCUCUCGGAGUUCUCUUCACAUCAAUCCUUUGCAUACUUGUCAUCAGGAUCAUCAGUUCGAGAUAUGGGCAUGAUCUCUUUAAACCAUCAAUUAUUUCAUACAGAAAAGUGCCUAAAGGACCUCGAAUAUUGUGUAUGGUGAGCACUGCUCCUGUUAACUACCGAACUAAAGCUGUCCACGUGGCGGCCACGUGGGCAGGUAGAUGUGAUCAUACAGUCUUCCUGUCUUCAACGCAUGGUGGACUUAACUACUGGUCGGAUCAAUAUGUUGCUGGUCUUAACAUUAUGGAGGUUCCUGCUGGAAAUCUGAGAGCGGAUAUGUGGGACAGAGUUAAGCUUGGUCUUAAAAGGAUUUGGAAAACCUAUGGAGGAGAAUUUGAUUUCCUAGUUAAAGCUGAUGAUGAUACAUACUUAAUUAUAGAAAACCUUAAACACAAGCUUUCAUCAAUAAACCCAAGAGAGAAGAUGAUACUGGGACACUACCAGCAAGAUCAGAAUAUCUCGUAUAUGAGCGGUGGAUCUGGAUACGUGAUUAGUGCAGCAGGAGUUCAGAGUAUGGUAGAGCAGGGCUUAGCAGGUCAGAAGCCCUGCUUAAAGUUUAGUCAACAAAUGGAGUUGGAGGAUGAUGAGGAUGUGCAGAUUGGAGCUUGUGCCAAAGUUUUAGAUUUCAAGGUGUAUACAAGUGAAACUGAGGGGAAAAUUACAUUUUUCCCCUUCAAACUAGAGACCUUUCUUAUUCCAGAAUUGGUUAAUAGUUGGUGGAGAUCGCAUAGUCUUGAAUGCCGCGAAAAAUUUCUCAUGAACUGCGCUUCCGACUUUCCGAUCUCGUUCCACUACGUGACACCAGUAGAGAUGUAUCGUCUAGAAUAUUUACUCUACAGAGUUAAAAUAUUUCAUCCUGCAGAGGAGAUCGAACAGAAACCUCAAAUAUUGUGAUACUCAUAUUGUAAAGGUCUUUUUUUAAGCAUUGUCCUUUGGCCCUACAAUCAUGUCAAUCAUCCUUUGUGCCUACUAAUGAUCCUGUCAUAAAUGGUCAUGUGAUCCUAAAAAUGGCUUUGAUCCUAUUUCUAGUUCUAUGAUAUAAACAAUAUAUAGUAGUUAAUGUUCCUAUGUUCCUUAAGUCGGCUUUAAUUUACAAUCCCCUAGUAUGCAUUUUUACGGUCCAAAUAUCAAUGGUCCCCAUAAAAAAAAACUUCAACCAAAUUUGAGGCCUUAAAACCCUUUCAGACGUUCGCAGCUAAUUUUAUUGAAUCUUAAAUUACUUUUUUAUGCUUUUCAAAGCAAUUUUAAAAGUCUGAAAUUAUGUACAGCUGCUUAAUAAACAAUUUAUGUCAUGUUUAAAGGGUAACUACUUUUCGUUUUCAUCUUUGUUACCAUGCAUACUAUUGUGUAAUAUACGUUCAGUGAUACUGGGCAUUAGCCUGGGAGGGGGGGGGAGGGGGUCUUGCUCCCCUCCCCUUUGAAAAAACCUGAUGGUAAAGGUAUGGCUCAUGGUGCAAAGUGCAUGGUGCAUGGUGCAAUGAUUAUAAAUAUACAAAAAAUUAACCAUCCUUUGAAACAAAAACAUUUUACCAAAUGUCUUUUUUACUUUAAACUAGUUUCACUCUUUUUGUUAAUCUUAAACAAUUUUUUUAUGUUAAUAUUAUUUAAUCUUGUAAACUUUUUCAAGAAAGUGCCUUAUUCUGCUGUUGUUAAGAAAUAAAAAAGCAAUUAAUUCCGCCUUUUCAUUCACGUAAAAACUGAUACAUUUUUUUAGAAAUUGAACAAAAGCAGAACGACCCUGAAAAGUAAAAAGGAUAUCCUUGACAAAAACUCUUGAUAAUAUUUGAUCUUAAAAUAAAACUCUACACAUCAAGGUCAUGGCUAAUAAAUUGAUUCUUCAUAUUCUUGAUUAAUGUGUCCAGCUUUAAAGCCAUUAAACUUCUGUACAAUAUGCAUAGUUUGUUAUUUUAUAAUUAAAAUCAUUACAAUCA